AUGGAGUACGUCCUGGCAGCCAACGCUCGUCAGCGACAACCUUCCCUCCGGAGAGAGCGCACCUUCCACCGGCGCCUAGCCUUGAAUGAUGUUCCGGACCAGCACCUGCGUUACUACAGGUUCCCUAUGGAACAUAUUCGGACCCUUUGUACGACACUAGAGCCUCGACUGCAGCGGCCUACGGCGUGGUCUCGCGCCUUACAGGUGAAUGUGCAAGUGCUGCUCGCUUUGCGCUUUUACGCAAGCGGCAGUUUUCAUUCUAUGGUAGGGGACACGGUUGGCGUGAGCCAAUCGAGUGCGUCGAGCAUUGUGGCACAAGUAACUGACGCCCUGUUCUCGCUGGCUGCGGAGCACAUACGCUUCCCGGCGACACUGAGGGCUGGUAAUGCUACGGCCAUCGCCUUUUCGCAGAUAGCUGAGUUCCCCAAGGUCUUAGGAUGCAUUUGUGGCACUCAUGUGCAAAUCAAGCCUCCUAAGGACCAGGAACACUUGUACAGGAACCGAAAACGCCUGUACACAAUCAAUGUACAAGCGAUCUGCGAUGCUGAGGGUGUCAUUACCCAGCUGACAUCAAAAUGA